GGAUUCCGGCCGGCGUCGAGCCCUGGGCGCUCCGCCGCCCGGCGCGGCACCUCUGCCGCAGCUGGGUCCCGACCGGCGGCCACGCAGCCGGGUGUCCUCCUCAGGCGGCCGCUCCCGCGUUCGCCUCCGGAUGCCAGCACUACGUUAGCCCGGGCGGGGAACCCCUUCAGCGGCUCCCUCCUCUAAACUCCCGCCUGUCCCGACCGCCCCCACCCCUCCACCUGGCGGGGGCGGCGCGGAAGCGAAGAGGACGCGCGCGGUGCCGGUGGGCACGCGUAGACGUGUGUGCGGAUCCGGUCUCUGCUUGGCAUUCUCCCUUUUUCGCAAGUGGCGGUGCCUGGACUCUGCUUUCGGCUCCCGGAAUUGGUGCGGCCGCCCGGAGCCCCCUCUUCGCUGGCAGGGCGCUAAAGGCUAUUUUGGAGAACGGUGGUGGUGGUGGUGGCGGCGGCGGCGGCGGCGGCUGAGGCUGGUGCCCGAGAGAGCUCCAGACGCACACUCUGCUCCUCGUCGGUCCGUCUCCUCCUUCUCCCCCCUCCUCCCAUCCCUUCCUCCCCACCCCCGUCCCCUUAGCCCCACUCCUCCUCCUCCUCCUCCUCUUCCUCCUCUCCCCGCUCGGCGAUGCGAGCCUGUGUCGUUCAACAGGAUUGGCGUUGCAAUGGCAACUGAUGGAAUGGGGGAAGGCAAGACAGCAGGGCUGGGGGCUCCGGACUGCGGGCGCGCGGGCCGCUGCCGCCGCUUGACACUGCUCGGGGGACCUUCGCGAGUUACUUUGUAAAGGCGAACCCAGGCGAGGAAGCCCCCGCUCGGUGCCCCGAGUCAGAGGCCACUUCCUGCUCCGUGGCUGCCCGCGUCAGGCUCGCACCGCUCGGCACCCCCGCCGCUGGCCCGCGCCCGCUGCCAGCCCAGCGCGCCGCCGCCGCCGCUGCGGAGACUCGAGCCCGCUACCCUGAAGAACACUUCGCCUCACGGCCCCCUUCCCAUCACGCCCCCUGCUCCUCCCCGGCAUCUGCGAUUUUCCCAGGCGCCCGGAGUGAGUGCGGCGUGCGUGUGAGUGUGUGUCAGGGUAUUGUGUUGUGGGUGUGUGUGUGUGUGUGUGUGUAUGAGUGUGGGGUGUGCGGGGCUCCUGCGCUCCGCUCACGGCCGCCGCCGGGGAAGGACAGACGGACGGCGCUUUCUUCUUCGGCGAGCGGCUCCCGGGUGCCUCGGCUCGGCCCGGGCGCGAGUGGAGCGCGCUCGGCUAGCCGCCGGCCUCCGGAAGGUCCCGCUGCGUCCCCCCUGGGCUGGAUAUGUUCAUGUUCACGUGAAGAUGGAUUUAGUGUACGGUCUCGUGUGGCUGCUGACAGUCCUCCUGGAGGGGAUCUCUGGCCAAGGAGUAUACGCUCCCCCAACGGUUCGUAUUGUGCAUUCAGGCUUGGCCUGUAACAUUGAGGAGGAGCGCUACUCGGAAAGGGUCUAUACUAUACGGGAAGGAGAAACACUAGAACUGACCUGUCUGGUCACAGGACAUCCACGUCCACAGAUCAGGUGGACCAAAACAGCAGGAAGUGCCUCUGACAGAUUCCAAGACUCAAGUGUCUUCAAUGAGACUUUGAGGAUUACAAACAUUCAGCGACACCAAGGAGGCCGGUAUUACUGUAAAGCAGAGAAUGGCUUGGGGUCCCCAGCGAUAAAGUCAAUCAGAGUGGAUGUGUACUAUUUGGAUGACCCAGUAGUAACUGUUCAUCAGAGUAUAGGUGAAGCUAAAGAACAAUUUUACUAUGAGAGAACAGUGUUCCUCCGGUGUGUGGCCAAUUCCAAUCCACCUGUUCGGUACAGCUGGAGACGUGGUCAGGAGGUAUUACUACAAGGAUCUGAUAAAGGAGUUGAGAUUUAUGAACCCUUCUUUACCCAGGGUGAAACCAAGAUCUUAAAACUAAAGAAUCUUCGACCUCAGGACUAUGCUAAUUAUAGCUGCAUUGCUUCAGUGAGGAAUGUAUGUAAUAUUCCUGAUAAGAUGGUGUCAUUUAGACUUUCCAAUAAAACAGCAUCUCCGUCAAUUAAACUCUUGGUGGAUGACCCUAUAGUUGUAAAUCCUGGAGAGGCCAUAACAUUAGUAUGUGUUACGACAGGAGGAGAGCCUGCACCCACUCUCACCUGGGUCAGGUCCUUUGGGACUCUGCCUGAAAAGACUGUUUUAAAUGGAGGAACGUUGACCAUACCUGCCAUCACCUCAGAAGAUGCUGGUACUUACAGCUGCAUCGCCAAUAAUAAUGUGGGAAACCCUGCAAAAAAGUCCACCAACAUAAUUGUGAGAGCAUUAAAAAAAGGACGAUUUUGGAUCACACCAGAUCCUUAUCACAAAGAUGACAACAUCCAGAUUGGGCGUGAGGUGAAAAUAUCUUGCCAAGUAGAAGCUGUUCCUUCUGAGGAGUUAACAUUUAGUUGGUUUAAAAAUGGUCGCCCAUUAAGAAGUUCUGAGCGGAUGGUUAUUACACAGACUGAUCCGGAUGUCUCCCCGGGAACGACAAACUUGGACAUCAUUGAUUUAAAAUUCACGGAUUUUGGGACAUACACAUGUGUAGCAUCUCUGAAGGGAGGAGGAAUAUCUGAUAUCAGUAUUGAUGUUAAUAUAUCCAGCAGCACAGUUCCACCCAAUCUGACUGUUCCACAGGAAAAAUCACCUCUGGUCACCAGAGAAGGGGACACAAUAGAACUGCAGUGUCAAGUAACUGGAAAACCUAAACCCAUCAUCCUCUGGUCUAGAGCGGAUAAAGAAGUUGCAAUGCCUGAUGGCUCAAUGCAAAUGGAGAGUUAUGACGGAACACUGAGGAUUGUGAAUGUAUCGAGAGAAAUGUCAGGAACGUACAGAUGUCAGACCAGCCAGUACAAUGGAUUUAACGUGAAACCAAGAGAAGCUUUGGUGCAGCUCAUUGUGCAGUAUCCUCCUGCUGUGGAACCAGCCUUUCUGGAGAUCCGGCAAGGACAAGACCGAAGUGUUACUAUGAGCUGCCGGGUCCUGAGAGCCUAUCCAAUACGGGUGCUGACCUAUGAGUGGCGCUUGGGCAAUAAAUUAUUACGGACUGGUCAGUUUGACUCUCAAGAGUACACAGAAUACCCGGUGAAGAGUCUUUCCAAUGAAAACUAUGGGGUUUAUAAUUGCAGCAUCAUAAAUGAAGCUGGAGCUGGGAGAUGCAGCUUUCUUGUUACAGGAAAAGCCUAUGCUCCAGAAUUCUAUUACGAUACCUACAAUCCUGUGUGGCAGAACAGACAUCGUGUUUAUUCUUACAGUCUACAGUGGACACAAAUGAAUCCUGAUGCAGUAGAUCGGAUUGUUGCAUACCGAUUGGGUAUUAGGCAGGCUGGACAGCAGCGUUGGUGGGAGCAGGAGAUUAAAAUAAAUGGAAAUAUUCAAAAAGGAGAACUAAUUACAUAUAACUUGACUGAGCUAAUUAAACCAGAGGCUUAUGAAGUCCGACUAACUCCUCUCACCAAAUUUGGCGAAGGAGAUUCAACAAUUCGUGUCAUCAAAUAUAGUGCUCCUGUUAAUCCUCAUUUGAGAGAAUUUCACUGUGGAUUUGAAGAUGGGAACAUCUGUUUGUUCACCCAAGAUGAUACAGAUAAUUUUGACUGGACAAAGCAAAGUACUGCAACAAGAAAUACAAAAUACACUCCAAACACAGGACCUAAUGCUGAUCGUACUGGCUCUAAAGAAGGUUUUUAUAUGUACAUUGAGACAUCUCGACCCAGAUUGGAAGGCGAAAAGGCCCGACUUCUCAGCCCUGUUUUCAGCAUAGCUCCUAAAAACCCUUAUGGCCCCACGAACACUGCAUAUUGUUUCAGCUUCUUUUAUCACAUGUAUGGACAACAUAUAGGUGUUCUAAAUGUUUAUCUGCGUUUGAAAGGGCAGACAACGAUAGAGAAUCCACUGUGGUCUUCAAGUGGGAAUAAAGGACAGCGGUGGAAUGAGGCUCAUGUUAAUAUAUACCCAAUCACUUCAUUCCAGCUCAUUUUUGAAGGUAUUCGAGGUCCUGGCAUAGAAGGUGACAUUGCCAUUGAUGAUGUAUCGAUUGCAGAAGGAGAAUGUGCAAAACAAGACCUAACAACUAAGAAUUCUGUUGAUGGUGCUGUUGGAAUUUUAGUACAUCUAUGGCUUUUUCCGGUCAUCGUACUCAUCUCUAUCUUAAGUCCUCGAAGGUGACCUUAUCCUGGCAGAGGCUAUAAAAGAUUCACCAGGCACCGGCAUGAAGAAAGAGUCUUUGUAAAUGGACAUUGAAAAACAAACUACCAAAGAUUCCUCCACUGACUACUGACUCAAAAAUAAAAUAAUAAAAACGAAUUUUUUAAAGCACUGGGGAUAAAAAGACAUCAUGGAAGUAUAACUUAUUCCAAACUACAUGUAAAAGAUAAUCUUGACCUGAGUAGAGAAGAGACCUUCAGGUGCUUUUGUGGCUAAAAAGAUUUCAGCGUCAUCUGGUCAUCUGGUUGAACUCUGGAAAAAAAAAAAAAAAAAAAGCUAUAGAAAUCCUUGUCAAAGCACAAAGUCAUGGCUGGUUUUGUUUCAAAUGAAUAGUUUGCUUGUUACCAUGGAAACCUAAUGGCCUGCCAACAAAAACCUCACUGUAAACAGGGUACGUGAAGAGCUGGCAUUUAUUUUCCUUUCAAGAAGGUUUUACGUAGAGAAUUAAAUAAAUGUAGGCCCAUUUACCUUUGGUUGUUACCCUUCCUUGAAAAUAACCCGAACUCAGAAUUAUUUAAAGCAUUCAUGCUCCUCCCCACCUGUCCCCAUCCCACCUUUAUUGUUAUUAUUUUUUUUCCUCCCAUGGCUAAACUAGAUAACUGUAUGCUGUCUCUUUUUGCAUGCAUUACUAUCCAGGAUGGUAAACCUGGGCUUACAUAUUACACAGGCUUAUCGGAGUUUGCUUGCGGCCACUUGAACACCCAAACUAAGUCAUCUGUUCCAAUGAAGAAACCAAACCACCAUCUUUUAUAAAUUGCCAUGGAAACCAAGUGCCUUCAAUGAAACAAGCCUGAAUAAUUUUCAACUCAGAAGCUUGCACUGCUAAGAGUGGUUUGUGUAAAACUAUUUUAUAAACAAACUACAGAGCCUAAGUGUGCAAAUUACAGGCAAGACAACAAAAGCCGCUUCUGAAGAAGAAAGGACUGGAGCUGCUGAGUAAGCCCAUGCAGACGAGCUAUUUGUUGUUUGACCUCCUAGACAGCCAUGGCCUUUCGGCUUAUUGUCCAUUAGAAAAUAACUUCCAUUGAGACCAGAUAUGGGAGCAACACUUUUUUCUUCCAGGUUAUUAAAUGGGUCAACCAGAGCAAAAGGUUGUUAAGAUAAUACUUAGCACAGAAGGUGGUAAAACACAAGAGUGAUUUUUUUUACUCUAACCUCCAUUUGAAAUGAAAUUGGCCCUAGCUUUAGAGGGAGCAAGAAAAUGUUUGUGAUUGCAGUGCAUACAAACUCUACAGCGGAACUGGGCCUGAAAAAUCUGGCUUUAUUCUAAACACUGAGGGUAAUAUGCCUCUGCCCUUUAGUCAGACUCUGUGCAAAUUGUGAAAUAUUAUUUUAUUAUUUUACCAAGAUUAAAAACACUUUUACAAAAAAACAAAAACCUGUAAAAAUGAUUUUGAGCUACCUGAGGACAAAUCAUACCUUUAACCAGCCAGUUUUCCAAUGCAUUGUAAAUUUCACUUAAACCUGUUGGUUAUGAAAAUUUGAAGAUCUUUUUCCUUAAAUUAUCUCAGCUUUUAACUUCAUUUAAAAAGACUUUUGUCUAAAGAAGAAUAUUAUUAUUAUUAUAUGUUCUUUCAAUACCCCGGGAUUAAAAAAAAACUGAUUAUGCAAGUAAUUGGGAUAUAAGUAUUAAAUUAUAACAUUUGCAAAUAUUAAUAUAAAAAGCACAACAAAAUGUAGUGGAAAAUGACAAAGCUUGAUUUUUAAAAGAAAAAAAAUUCUGUAGAAAUGUUUGUGCAAAUUCAGUAAUUCAACUUAAAAGAUAAUUUUACAGCUAUGUUCAAUAAAGCCUCUUUCCAGGUAAGGUAUGCAAAGCGGUAUGUGUGUUUGUUGAGCAAUGUUUACUUGUCACCAAAAUGAGACUAGUUAUACAAUUUAUCGGUUAUGUUACCAUGGGAUAAAUCUUCAGGGCUUCAUACACCUUAAUGUCUGCAGGAAAGAAUUUAAUAGGAACUCCUGAAGCACUCUUCCAUAUUUUUCAUACAUGUAAAAAAAAAAAAAAAAGUCAAACCUGUGCAAGUAAAAUAUGAAACAAAUGUGAAUUUGGAAUUUAAUGUAUAUUUUCAUAGUUAAAGAGGGGACCAGCUGGAAUAUCUAGGUAGUGAUAAAAUCGAGCUAAACCGAUUUCUUCAAAUUAAACAGAAUUAACUAAAUAAGUUUUAUAACUUAUUUGAACACAUUAGGCAUAUUGAAAAUUUUCAGAAUUACAGUCAACCAUCUGUUUUAUCAAACCAAAGAGACUAAACAAUACUUGGGGGCACUUAGCUUAGUAUUUACUAACUCUCCUUCACCUUGACUUCCAUUUUAUGUGGCAACUAACCACUUCCCUCCACUAUCCUGUAUCAAUGGAUCAUCCUUCCUAAUUGAUUUUCUGCACACUCACUGCUGAUAAUAUUAAUAAAAUUGUUUUCAUCUAAAGAGAGGCUUAGCUCAUUGCCACCUUCUUCCCUUAUCUUGAAUUUGAGUGAGACUUUUGCAAAGAACUAAAAAAAAAAUCUAUACUCAGAAUAUUUGGAUAUACCUUUGUCCUUUCCAGGAAAACAAUCAAGUCUCCUUUUCUCCUUAUUAAUGCUGCAUAAAGAAAUUGUUAUAAGUGAAAGCUUCAAUUCUUCUACAAACCACUCAUAAAAUACUAAAGUCUUUCUAUAACCUUUCACACAUUAAGAAUACACACACUUCAGAAGUCAUGAGAACUGGCUGGUACUUCAAAAAUUAAUUUUGAUUAAAUUUUUGAGAAAUUGCAAAUGAGUGCCAAGAACAAAGGGCAAUCAGAACUGCAAAAACAAUCAGAUUUAUUGAUAUGGUAAUAAAUUAGAGUAUAUAUCUCAAGUGGGUUCUGGAUCAUUUAUAUAAACCAACAAUCUUAGAAUUGUAGAAUGUUUUUCACUCCAGAUCAAAUGUUCAGUUGCUUUAAUUGAAAGAAAAUGAAUCAAAAUGCAGGAAAUUUUAAAAGGUUGGGAUAAGUGAAAUGUAAACUGUGCUAAGUAAUCUGUUUAACAUUAGUUAUAAUCAUGAUGACUUCAAAGCACUUACCUGUUUAUCAACUGCUUUUCUUUUCCUAAUAUUUUUGUAUUUAUUAUGAGUUGAACUCACCAACAUAUUUCCCUUUUUCCUUUUUGAUAACAUUUUAAGUGUAAUUGAUGCCAUUUUUGUUGUUGUUCUUUAUAGGAAGGCAUCAGGCUUUUAAUUCUCUGGGAGAAAGAUUAUACCAUGUAAUCUCCUAGUGUCAGUAACUGAUCCGAUUAAUUAGGAGCUUACUCUGUUUCAUUAGUUCAAAGAUGCUUGUUCCUCCACAUUUUAACAUCUCUGCAACUGGGCCUAUUUUAAUUAUAUUUGGUAGCAUUUCUGUGUAGUGAUAUAUAAAAUAAAAGUGCGUAUUAAAACUGAUGGCAUCUUAGAUAUGUUGAAAUUCACCAAAUUCACUAAAGUCUCCAGAAGAGCCAAAUCAUGCCCAAUAUCAUUCCUUUUCAACAAUCUCAAAAGUGAGAAAAGGAUGCUCUAUCAUAUUUGUAGGAUUUAUAUUAAAUACUCAUUGCCUAUGCAUUAUUUAAAAAUAACAUUUUUAUUUUGUGCUUUUAAAAAAUCUGAAUCUUCUCUUACAGACAUUAUAUACAUACCUAGCCCUGCUUUUUUUUUUUCUUCUUGCUACCUAUAUUUUCAUUCCAUCAUGAAGUACAAUAUGCUAUGUAUCCCUGGUUUGAAAUGUUUUCUUGUUUUGUGUGAUUCAUAGUACUUAGUAAGUUAGAAGUUUGACCUACCAUUAAAUUUUCUUUAAGAGAUCUGAAAGA